CAGACAGGCGUAUCCUAAUGAAGCAAACAGUGCUGGUCACACGGGACCAGCCCCUUUGAUUUCCGGGCUUACAACUAUAUUAAGUAAAAAGCUCCCCCCACAAGUGGAAAAUAGUACAGCCUCAUGUAGGUGGGUGUGAUGGGGACCAUCUAUUUCUAGGAUUGGUCCUGUGGCAACCCAAAGGUGCUGAAAAAGCAGGAGUGACAAGGGACCUGGCUCACAGUGGGACACCUGCGUUGCAAGCCCAGUUUCCCUGACAUGACACCUAGGGAGAUGGAGAUGGUGGAAGUGUUCACUUCGGAAGGCAAAGGCAGGGGGUUGAAGGCAGCCAAGGAAUUCUGGGCUGGAGAUGUCAUCUUUGCGGAGCCAGCCUACGCCGCAGUAGUUUUUGACAGCCUUACUCACCUGGUCUGCCACACCUGCUUUAAAAGGCAGGAGAAGCUCCACCGCUGUGGUCAGUGUAAGUUUGCCCACUACUGUGAUCGAACCUGCCAGAGGGAUGCGUGGCUGAACCACAAACAUGAGUGCUCUGCCAUCAAGGCGCAUGGGAAAGCGCCCAAUGAAAACAUCAGGCUGGCAGCCCGCAUCAUGUGGAGGAUAGAGAGAGAGGGAGGUGGCCUUACGGAGGGCUGCUUGGUCUCCAUCGACGACUUGCAAAACCAUGUGGAGAACUUUGGAGAAGAGGAGAAGAAAGAGCUGAGGGCCGACGUGGAGAGUUUCCUCAACUUCUGGCCCCCACAGAGUCAGCAGUUUGGCAUGCAGUACAUCUCUCAUAUAUUCGGAGUGAUAAACUGCAAUGGCUUCACCCUGAGUGACCAAAGGGGACUGCAGGCUGUUGGCGUGGGCGUCUUCCCCAAUCUCUGCCUGGUGAACCAUGACUGCUGGCCUAAUUGCACUGUCAUAUUCAACAACGGCAAUCAUGAGGCUGUAAGAUCAAUGUUCCACACACAGAUGAGAAUCGAGCUGCGUGCGCUGGGCAAAGUCUCACCGGGGGAAGAGCUGACUGUCUCCUAUGUUGAUUUCCUCAACGUCAGCGAAGAGCGGAGGCAGCAGCUCCAGAAGCAGUACUAUUUUCGCUGCACGUGUGAGCACUGCCAGAAAGGGAUCAAAGAUGAUCUGAUGCUGGCUGUAAAAGAAGGUGAAAACAAGCCCUCCCAAGAUGUAGUGAAGGAAGUUCUCCAGUUCUCCAAGGACACCCUGGAGAAGAUCAGCAAGGCCCGAUCCGAGGGGGUCUACCACGAAGUUGUGAAGCUCUGUCGUGAGUGUCUGAAGAAACAAGAGCCUGUGCUGGGAGACACUAACAUCUACCUGCUCAGGAUCCUGAGCAUCGCUUCGGAAGUGCUCUCCUACCUCCAGAUGUUCGAGGAAGCAGCAGGCUAUGCGAAGAGGAUGGUUGAUGGUUACAUGAAAAUAUACCAUCCCAACAAUGCGCAGUUAGGGAUGGCAGUGAUGCGGGCAGGAGUGACCCAUUGGCAUGCCAGUCUCAUUGAAGCAGGGCAUGGCAUGAUCUGCAAAGCCUAUGCUAUUCUUCUGGUGACCCAUGGACCUACCCACCCAAUCACCAAAGACCUGGAGGUCAUGCGUGUCCAGUCGGAGAUGGAGCUGCGCAUGUUCCAACAGAACGAGUUCAUGUAUUACAAAAUGAGAGAAGCAGCCCUGAAAAACCAGAAGAUCCAAGUUAUGCCUGAGCCCACCAAUGAAGCUUCAUCGGGCCUCUUCCACACGAAACAGUAACCCCAAAGCUUCCAGUUAUCUGUAUUCCUGCACAUCUGGUAGAACAUCCACCCUUUUCUUCCAAAUCUGAAGAGGUUAUUUGUAAUAAGCACCGUGCUAUCUAAUUAAGAACACUUAUAUCUCCUGAGACAAGUAUUCUUCCAGGAGCUCAGGGCAUCAGCUAAGAAAUAUUUCACAGGAAAUAGAUCUUGUUUCCACAAAUAAUAAAAAGGUCAUUAUAGCUUC